UAGGCGAUAAGCGACAAAACGAUAAGCGAUAAACGAUAAAGAAACGAUCACUCCAUUGGACAGGCUCAAUCUCGUUAAAAAGCUGAAAAUGACGGUGCAGUUGAGCAGCCAAAAUGGCAUUUGUCCUGUCCAACAACAGGCUUAUCACCAUCGCCAGCAUCGCCACCAGGGCCAGGAGUCGAAGCCAAAGUUGAGACAGGACCAAAGCCAAGUCCUUCAAGGACACUCGAUGCCGUUGCUGCCAGUGAUGCUGCUCCUGCUGAUGGCAACGCUUCUCACUCGCCCACUUUGCGUUAUUUCCAAUCGUCUGUCGGAUACGAAGCUGCACGAGAUCUACCUGGACGACAAGGAGAUCAAGCUGAGCUGGAUGGUGGACUGGUACAAGCAGGAGGUGCUCUUCCACCUGCAGAACGCCUUCAAUGAGCAGCACCGAUGGUUCUAUCUGGGAUUCUCGAAGCGCGGCGGUCUGGCCGAUGCGGAUAUUUGCUUCUUCGAGAAUCAGAAUGGAUUCUUCAAUGCUGUAACCGACACCUACACCAGCCCGGACGGGGGCUGGGUACGCCGGGACUACCAACAGGACUGUGAGGUCUUCAAGAUGGACGAGUUUACACUGGCCUUCAAGCGGAAGUUCGACACCUGCGAUCCCCUGGAUUUGCGACUCCAUGAAGGGACCAUGUACGUGGUGUGGGCCCGGGGCGAGUCCGAGCUGGCUCUGGAGGAUCACCAGUUUGCCCUGCCCAAUGUGACGGCUCCCCAUGAGGCCGGCGUCAAGAUGCUGCAGUUGCUCCGCGCCGACAAGAUACUAAUUCCCGAAAACGAUCUGGACCAGUUUGAGAUCACCCUGAAGGAUGCGCCCAUUCCCGCCGAGGAGACCACCUACUGGUGCCAUGUCCAGCGCCUGGACAGCGUUAUCCAGCGACGCCACCACAUCGUUCAGUUCGAGCCGCUGAUCAAGACGCCCGGCAUCGUCCACCACAUGGAGGUGUUCCACUGCGAGGCCGGGGAGCACGAAGAGAUCCCCCUAUACAAUGGCGACUGCAAGGAGCUUCCCCCGCGAGCCAAGGUCUGCUCCAAGGUAAUGGUUUUGUGGGCCAUGGGGGCCAGUACCUUUACCUAUCCCCCGGAGGCGGGUUUGCCCAUCGGCGGCCCCGGCUUCAAUCCCUACGUCCGGCUGGAGGUUCACUUCAAUAAUCCGGACAGACAAGCAGGUCUCGUGGACAACUCCGGCUUCCGCAUCAAGAUGUCGAAGAGACUGCGGCAGUACGAUGCGGCUGUUAUGGAACUGGGUCUGGAGUACACCGACAAGAUGGCCAUCCCGCCGGGACAAACGGCCUUUCCGCUUAGCGGCUACUGUGUGGCGGACUGCACCCGGGCCGCCCUGCCAUCCACCGGCAUCAUCAUCUUCGGCUCCCAGCUGCACACCCACUUGCGGGGCGUUCGCGUCCUCACCCGGCACUUUCGCGGCGAGCAGGAGCUGCGCGAGGUGAACCGGGAUGAUUACUACUCGAAUCACUUCCAGGAGAUGCGCACCCUGCACUACAAGCCACGUGUCCUGCCGGGAGAUGCUUUGGUCACCACUUGCUACUACAACACGCUCCAGGACAAGAGCGCCGCCCUCGGUGGAUUCUCCAUCAGCGACGAGAUGUGCGUCAACUACAUCCACUACUACCCGGCCACCAAGCUGGAGGUCUGCAAGAGCUCCGUCUCCGAGGAGACGCUGGAGAACUAUUUCAUCUACAUGAAGCGCAAGGAGCACCAACACGGCAUCCACCUAAACGGAGCCAGGUCCGCCAACUACCGGAGCAUCGAGUGGAGCCAGCCCAGGGUGGACCAGUUGUACACCAUGUACAUCCAGGAGCCGCUCAGCAUGCAGUGCAACAGGUCGGAUGGGGCCCGCUUUGAGGGGCCCAAUUGGGAGGGCGUGGCCCCGACGCCCGUCCAAAUCAGGAUCCCCAUCCACCGGAAGCUCUGUCCCAACUACAAUCCCCUCUGGCUGAAGCCGCUGGAGAAGGGCGACUGCGAUCUGCUCGGCGAGUGCAUCUACUAGGGAUCCACUAAGGAGGAUAUCUGGCGAGGGCAUGGCAUCUCACACACACACACACACCCACACAGCUAUUAAUCGAUCCUGUGUGACUAAAUGCAGGCACUCUCACACACACACUCGCACAAUUGCACGGAUAACAGAAGGACACUUUUAAUUUUGGGCCGCAGUCGAACCUCUUUCAUCCUUGGAAACUAAUAUUUCACAUCAACGGGGAGUUAAGGAAUAUGUAGACAUGUUUCCGGUUAUCCUUUUAAGUUCAUCCUGUCCAGUUUUCACUGUGGCUAUCCUUUUUCAAAGCCGCCAAGUGAAAGCUGUUGGCCAAAACAAAUGUUUUCACUCUUUUUGAAUAACUAAUGCAUUUGCCCAGCCACGCCUCCUUUGGGCCACCUGUUUGCCCCCUCCACCCCUCCUUCCAUCCCUUUUUUAGUCCUUAGCAUUUAUGAUAUGCCCUUUGCCCUUGUUGUCCUGGCCAUCCUUUGAAAUUUGCCGACUGACAGCGCCGCCAGGCUAAACGUUUAAUACAAAGCAGCUUACACACUCACACAUCCCUGCAAACACAUACAUAUGCAUACGCACAAAAGCACCACCCACACACACGCACACAACCUAGUACACUGAAAAUAGUUUUAACCUUUGACUUGUGUUUUCCUUUCAUUAUUUUUAUAUUUCUGGUUAUUUAUUUCACAUAUCCUUAAGAUCGAAUAGCAUUAUUUUUAGAGUGCAUACGAAAUUUGUAGCAUACUUCUCAGCGUCAGCUGAAAAAUUAAAUGGCCAACUCGAAUAAAAGGAACGGUACGGAAAAAGCAAAGGAAAUGGUCCAAAGCCGUCGAAAACGAAGGCCAAGACCCCUCCCCGCCCCUCCCUCCGCCAUGCCAAAGGCCAAUGGCGCUGUUUAUACAAAAUAAAUGAGCAAACUUUUCCAGCAGCCAAGUCUAAUUACCAAGAAGCCCCACAAGAAAAGGGCACUGAGCCAAAAGAAGUCUGCUCCAGACUGCAGUUUGUUGAGAAAUAGCUGGAAUUUUGUUUCGAGUGUAGAGCGGAAAUGUGGAAACUUUUCGGCCACUACUGGGAUGUCAGUUGGCAGUUGACAGGACAUGGAAGAUGGGCUACCAGCAGCCAGGAGCCCUCGAUCCUUCAUUUGAAUUCGAAGCAGCCACUACUAUUUGUAUUAGUUAUCAUUCAUUUGUUUAUGAUAUCCUUCGCACACACACUCACACACAAACACAAACAUACAUAUGAGUAAACAUGUAAUGGAUACGUUUUUGUAAGUGUAGCCAACAUAUGUAAGAUGUGAUAAUUGUUCUAUGGCUAUAAAAGAAAUAUAUAUACACAUAAAUAUAUAAACUAUGUAGAUGAAAUAUUUAUAAAAACGGCAAGCGGAAAA